CAUCUCUCCUAACACCGCCAUCAUGACUUCCAUAUUCCGCAGCAGCAGAUUAUCGCUUCGCGCGAGCUACUCCCCCUUGACCGUCCGACCAGCAUCUCGUCUCACCUCCAAGCCUAGUCUCUUCUGGCGUGGCUACGCUCAUAGUUCCUACGGCGGCGACGGCGAGACGAACGCUGAACAACCCAACAACCCCCGCAAUGAGCCUACACGAGACCUUGAACAUCCCGGUCCUCCUGCUCCCGAUGUCGGUGGCUCCUCCAAGCAAUCCCCGCAGUCCAGCAGCGGCGGCGACAGCAAUAGCCGCAGCAGCAGCAAGUCUGGCACGGGCGUUGAAAAUAAGAGUCACACCAGCACUACUACGCCAAGCAACAAGGCCAGACCGACAAUUACCGACGGCGAGAACUCGCCGAACGCAGAGGUCGAUGGAACGGUGGGGGAUAAUGCAUCGGAUGAGGUGAAGCAACACAAUAAGGAAUUUGACCAGCGAUAUGAUCACUCGUAUAAUCGGAUGGAAAAAUAG